AUGGGCGGGACGGCCAGCACCCGCCGGGUCACCUUCGAGGCCGAUGAGAAUGAGAACAUCACGGUGGUGAAGGGCAUCCGGCUUUCUGAAAAUGUGAUCGAUCGGAUGAAGGAGGCCUCCCCGCCCGGUUCCAAGUCUCCACGGUAUUCUGGUGGUUAUGGCGCCUCAGUUUCCGAAGAAGACUUGAAGGCCAGGGUGGCGGAGGAACUGGCGUUGCAACAAGCUAAGAAAGACUUGGAAAAGCAAAAGCGACUAAAGCAAGGCAAAGAGGCAGACUGGGAGCAGACCUCUGCUGAUGAGCGGCUGACGAGAGCGAUUCUUCGAGAGAGACUCAACAGCGAGGCGGAGCGCUCCAACGCAAAGCACCUGGAGAUUGAAGACAAAGCUAAGCAGCUGGAAGAGAAAGAUCGGCUGAUCAAGAAACAGGAUGAGUUCUACAAGGAGCAGCUGGCGAGACUGGAGGAGAGGAGCUCAGAGUUCUACAAGGUCACGACUGAGCAGUAUCAGAAAGCUGUUGAGGAAGUGGAAGCAAAGUUCAAGCGGUAUGAUUAUCAUCCAGUCUGCGCUGACCUGCAGGCCAGAAUUCUCCAGUGUUACCGCCAGAACACCCAUGAGACCCUCAGCUGCUCUGCGCUGGCUGCCCAGUACAUGCACUGCGUCAACCAGGCCAAACAGAUCUCGCUGUGGGCUGAGGACAAACAGCUCCUGCCUGGCCCGGCCUCCACGGCCUCCCGCUGCAGACGCCCGGCCUUGAGGCUGCCUCAGCCCCCUGCGCAGCUCCGGGGCAGCCGGGACAGCAGCCACAGCUCAGUGCUGCCUGGUCUCUACAGCCUGAGCGUCCAUCACCUGGUCAGCUGGCUCAGCAUCCCUGGGGAUUCUGACUGGACACUCGGAAGUGGGGCCCGUUCAUCUGAGUUUUACCAGACCUGGGGUGUCAGCCCCCAGGAGCCUGAGAACCAGAGCUCUGGAGCCCGCUCCCCAGACAGCAGACCCUCCAGCUGCUCACAGGUCCUGCCUCUCACCACCCACCGGGACCCAGCCACCCGGCAGACACCUCAUCAGACCCAUCCUGGAACACCAUCCUCAGUCUCACGAACAAGACAGGAGGUGGCGAUGGAAGAAGGCUGA